ACCAUGAUGAAAGCUCGUUUUCCACUGUUGCUGUUGCUUGGAAUUCUUUUCCUAGCUUCAGUUUCCGUCUCAUUUGGCAUUGCCCACUUGGAAAAGGAGAGUCCCAGUUACAAAAGGUGCCUUCAGAGUUGCAAGAGAGAGCAAGAUGUAUUCAAGCAACAAGCAUGCCUUGCUCAUUGCCAGAUCUUCGAGGACCCUCAAAGCAAAAAGGCCCAAGAAGAAAAAGAACCUCCAUCACAUGAAGAGAAGGAACAUGCAGAAUCACACAGACAAAGCGGACACCAGGAGGGUGAGAAGGAGGAAAAGGAACAUCAAGAGCAAGAUCAACCAUCGCCACGCCCACGUCCACAACCACGCCAACCUCAUCCUCCCCAGGAAAGCGAGCACAAGCAACGCCAACCUCAUCCUCCCCAUGAAAGCGAGCACAAACACCAAGAAGAAGGGCAAGAUCAACCACAACCACGCCAACCUCAUCCUCACCAGGAAAGCGAGCACAAGCACGAAGAGCACCAGCACCAACAAGAAGAGCAGGAUCAACCAUUUCCACGCCCACAGGAGCAUGAGCACAAAGAACAGAGCAAACAUCAUAACAAAGAGCAGGAGAGCGAGAAAGAGCAAGGUCCAGAAUCAGAACCACAGAAACCAAAGAACCCUUUUCACUUUAACAACAACAAGUUCCACACACUCGUCAACAACAAAUUCGGUUACAUUCGUGUUCUCCAGAGGUUCGAACAGCGCUCCAACAAACUCCAGAACCUCCGAGAAUUCAGAAUUGUUCAGUAUAAGUUCAAACCCAACGUCUUGCUUCUCCCCCACCACGCUGAUGCUGAUUUCCUCCUUGUUGUCCUCGACGGGAGUGCCUUAAUUACCUUGUUGAGCCCUGACGAAAGAGAGUCUUACAAACUUCAGCGUGGGGAUGCACUCAGAAUCCCAGCAGGUACCCCAUUCUAUCUGCUUAACCCAGACGACAACCAGAAUCUCAAAGUAGUAAAACUCGCUGUACCCGCUAACCAACCCGGCAAAGUCCAGGAUUUCUUCCCGUUUAGCAGUGAAGAUCAAGAAUCCUUCUUGCGCGGGUUCAGCGAGAAUACUCUUGAGGCCUCCUUUGAUGCACCAUUCGAGGAGAUAGAGAAGACUCUAUUGGAAGAGGAGGAGCAAGAGGUGGGAGUGUUAGUGGAAGUGUCAAAGGAACAGAUCCAGGAGCUGAGCAAAGACGCCAAAUCCAGCUCAAGAAAAUCCAUUUCCUCUGAAAAUGAACCUUUCAACUUGAGAAGCCGAGGCCCAAUCUAUUCCAACAAGUUUGGCAAGUUCUUUGAGAUCCCCCCACACAAAAACCCACAGCUUCAGGAAUUGGAUAUCUUCCUCGACUGUGUAGAGAUUAAGGAGGGAGGUCUUCUUCUGCCACACUACAAUUCAAAGGCCAUAGUGGUACUAGUGGUUAACAAGGGAAAAGCAAAACUUGAACUUGUGGGUUUAAAAGAGCAACACCAAAAGCAAGAGCAACAGCAAGAAGAGGAGGAGGAACAAGAAGGACCUAGAAAAGUGCAGAGUUACAGAGCCAAGUUGUCUGAAGGCGAUAUAUUCGUAAUUCCAGCAUCCUACCCAGUUGCCAUCAACGCUUCCACAGAUUUUCAUUUGGUUGCUUUUGGUAUCAAUGCUGAGAACAACCAAAGGAACUUCCUCGCAGGUGAGAAAGACAAUGUGAUAAGUCAGAUACAUAAGCUAGUGAAGAAUCUUGCGUUCCCUGGGUCUGGUGAACAAGUUGAGAAGCUACUGAAGAAGCAGAGCGAAUCCUACUUUGCUGAUGCUCAGCCUCAGCAAAGUGAGGAGGACAAUAAGGGAAGAAAGGGUCGUCUAUCUUCAAUUUUGAACGCUUUUCACUGA